AUUCGUCAGACACACCGCCGAAGCGAGAGCGACCGGCCGUGUAUCUGAGCGUUGGACUGUUUGCUCACCCGUGUGACUGUUUUUCUGUUUUGGGAUUUAGCCUGGUUUCAUGGGCACCCGGCGAAUUCUAGCGUUCGUUCGGAACUGCGACAUGACGAAAUUGCACUAUUGGACAACGGCAAGGUCGACGGCAUGGGUGGCAUAUUCCCGCAGAGCCGACCUUAUGGAAAAGCCGGCAGGUGUGUUGUACAAGUCAUACAGGAUAUGCAGCGACCAUUUCACUGCAAAAGAUUUCCUGGACCCAGGUCGCACGCGACUCAUUAGAACAGCUGUACCUACAGUUUCCUCAGCUUUUGCAGAUGCUGCCGAUGUGCCAUCUGUUGGAGGUUUCGCUGUUGCAUCACAUCAAAACACCGUUCCAGAGGACCAUCUGGAAAAGUCUAUAGGCAUCAGCACUAUGUUUGAAGACCCUGCUUUGCAAGGCUGCAGCCGUCCUGCAAGUGAGGAACAAGCUGGUGAGGACGUCCUACAUAAGACAUGCGAGCAAGGCUCCCUCAUGACGGCAAGCCAUGCUGCUAAAGCAAGCCUACAACAGAUGUCUGGCUGCAACACCCCUGUGAGCGAGCUAGGUGCAACGACCUCCCAGGUGGAUAUGUUUGGCAGCAGUUCUACCGAGGAUGAGCGUUGUGCUGUUGAUGAUGCCAUUUCCGAGGUGUCCCCAAGCGCCAACAUUUUCGAUUCAGCUGAAAGACCAGUAGGAAACUAUCCCGUUGCUUGGAAGAGCGCAGUGAGGAGCUCUCCGUCAACAAAAUUUAGGGCGACCGUCCGGCGACUGCAGUCCAAGCUAGCAAGAUGCCAGCGGACCAUCAAACGGUUGCAGAAGAAGCAGAGCAAGCUACCGCCAUCCAUUUCGAAGGCACUGGGCAUUAUUCGUCCAUCAGUGACAGAGGAGGUUUUUAAGCUUUUGUGUACACACCUGCGAUUGCAGCAGAGGGGAAAAGGCAAGCGCUUCCCUAUCUGGCUCAAAAAGUUUGCCUUGCAUUUGAACUUCCGUGGACCCCGUGCAUACCGUUUUUUGGCACCAAUUUUCUCUUUGCCAACACAGCGUACUCUGAGACGCUGGUUGUGCAACUUUAGGAUGUCACCAGGAGUGAUUCCCGGAAUUAUUCAAAGUAUUUCUGCUAGCACUCACGCAUGGAAUGAGCGCGACCGAGUAUGCACCCUCAUGUUUGAUGAAAUAGCUUUGAAAAAGAACUUAUCCUAUGAUGCCGGUGAAGAUAUUGUGCAUGGGUUUGCAGAUGAUGGCAUCGAGCGGUCAUCAAGUAUUGCCGACAGAGCCAUGGUUGUGCUUCUGGCAGGUAUAUCUAAGAGGUGGGUUCAGCCAGUCGCAUUUACGAUAGGGCAUGUUUUGACAUCGGCAAAUGUUAUUGAUAAAUUACUAAUCUCGAUUAUUGAGCAACUUAAAGCCGUCAGAAUUGUUGUCAAAGCGGUAAUCUGUGACCAAGGCACGUCAAAUGUCAGCUUGGCGCAUAAAUUGGGCAUCACGAUUGGGAAACCAUAUUUUGAAGUUCUAGGCGAGAGAGUUUAUUUUAUUUUUGAUGUACCUCAUUUGAUCAAAACGACCCGCAACAAUCUCCAAGCACAUGAGUUGCUCAUUGGGAAAGAAGUUGUGAAUUGGUCGCAUAUUGAACAACUGUACAAAUCCACACAUGAACUAAGGUUACGAUUGGCUCCAAAGCUAACAGAGCGGCACAUAUACCAAAGGCCAUUUUGA